ACAACAAAAGGUGGUUGUUCACUUGUUGUCACAUAACAUAUACAUCUUCACCAUUCUAGGGUUAGGGGUUUAUCAAUUGGGGGACAAACCACUUUCAAUCUCUUCAUUUCAGAUGGCGACUGUCAACGACACAACAUCUGCCGACACAGACAACAACCAACAACCGCCACCAACAACAACGGUAGUGAAGCGGAAGCCGGUGUUCGUCAAGGUAGGUGACCUCAAACCUGGAACCAACGGCCACACGCUCGCCGUCAAGGUCUUGUCUUCCACCACGGUUUUGGACAAGAAACCCCGUAAUACGUCGUCGUUUAGUAGCCGUCCUGGUGCUGCUAACACUCGUAUUGCUGAGUGUCUUAUUGGGGAUGAAACUGGCACUAUUUUGUUCACUGCUCGUAACGAUCAAGUUGACUUGAUGAAGGCUGGAACAACUGUGAUCAUCCGAAAUGCAAAGAUUGAUAUGUUCAAAGGGUCGAUGAGGCUAGCGGUUGAUAAGUGGGGUCGAAUUGAGGUCACUGAACCUGCAAGUUUCACUGUGAAGGAAGAUAACAACUUGUCUCUCGUUGAGUACGAGUUGGUUAACGUUGCUGAGUGAUGACUUUUUAUCUGAUAUGCCGGCGAGGUAAAAAUUUUAUGUGACUUGUGGGGUUGCGGUAUACUACUACUUGGAGAAGGUCAAUUUAGUCUUUUGCUUGUUGAUAUUAUUUAACGUGUAAUAGAACUAAGUCUAGUGGCCUUCUAGGUGGUUUAACUUUGUAAAAAGAUUUAUCUUUUGAAUUAUCUUGAUUCCUCGCCGGGCUUUGUGGUUACAUUUGAUUAUCAGAUUGUUUUAAUUAUUAGUGGUUUGUAAAAGAUUGUCGUUUAACGUGUUCUAUGUGUCGGGCUCUACUUUGUGAA